AUGUACACUCAAUACGAACAAGAAUCGAGAUUCCAGGAGCACUUCAAGACUCCACCCUCAUACGACCCUAAAGCUGCGCUUGCAAAGGUCGAUGAGAUUAUUGAAUCCAAUCAAAAAGCUUAUGAGAGUCGUAAGGGCAAGGGGUUAGGAUUGGGUUUCGAGAUUGGUGAUUAUGACAUGCAACGAAGUGUCUCACAAAUGCAAGAGAAGGAGGAUAACCUUAAUGACGUUAGUGUUGUCAACAGUACCGCUCAAGACAGAAGCAUGUCAGCAGAUUCAGUCCCCACUCUCAUUUCGGACUCUGACGCGUCUUUUUCGACUGACGAGAGCAUGGCUAUCACACCCGACAAACAUGUCAACAAAACGAUACGCCCUGUCGAGAAGCAAAGGCCUGUUACUAUCAGUCUUCAUCCUAACAACGAGUCCAAGUCGUCUUCUGAGAGUGAAGAUGACGAUGAAAAAGAGGAACUACAGAAUGAAGAUGACGAAGUGCUUGACGGUCAUGAUCUUGCAAACUUUUACAGAUCCCAUUCACGUCAAACAACACCAACCAGCCCUACACCAACGAACAAUCAACCAUUCAAGUUCGAACAAGAGAGUGCAAAAGAGGACAAUGUGGAAGAGCAAGAAACUUCCAUUUAUACUUCGUUCGUAGCUGCAAGAAGAUCAAAGUGGUUGGAUAAGAGGGCAACAAUAACGAGGUCGCUAUCGAUUCAAACACCAUCCAAGCCAACAGCAAUUGAGCAAUCAAAACCAAUCAAAGUAACGAUUGAAGAAGAAGAUGAGGAAGAAGCUGAUGAUGAUCUGAAUUGGUUGGGACCGCUUAUCGAGAAAGCAACUCCAGUGAAGAAAAACAGACCACCACCAAUUUGGGCGCAAUUUGCCAAGGUCAAGGGGUUAACAACAGAUGACAAUUCAGGAGCAAGUAAGGAUGUACACUCGGUGUUAGAUAGACCAAGACCUCGCACGUCGUCAUAUGCAUUUGGCAGUGGAACCGUGAAGACUGAUUCGUCGCGUAAAUGUUCCGAGAAGACGUCGGUUGUGGCGAUGAAGAAAACACCACGUAAGCCAGAUGCAAGAGAAUUGUUCAAGACCAAGUCUAAAGACGAGCAACUUCCAUUCCCUUCAAGCUACGCGAGUCUUCCAAUGGGGCCAAUGCCAUCAGUUGAUAGAAAGACGUCGUCCUCAACCGAUACAUUUGAAAGAAUGCCAAAGGAUGCCAGAAGAUCAAUAACACCAACAGAAAUAGUAAAAACGCGUGUUAGUAAAGAUCCAACGGUUCGCCUUGUCGGUCACAAGCAUGGAGUAGAUUUAUCAAGGCACUCAUCGACAGCAACGAUGCCUUUAAUGCCAGAAUCCCAAGCAUUGCGUGAUUUAGAGAAUAUGCUUGUCGCAUAUACAGAAGACGAAGUACUGAUGCGUUUGUCGAAUAUGUUCCAAGCCUAG